AUUAAUCUUCAUGUUACAAGAUGAGUUGGACUUCGUUGACCCAACCACUUUCAUGUUGGGCGACAACCUCUGUACCUUCCACUUCCUCACACGGAAGGAACGUGCGAUGCAUAAAGGAACAUCGGAGGGCUUUGACCCGCUAUCUGAUGCUGAGAAGGGGUCGUCUCCCGAUGGGACGAAUUUGAAGCCGAGAUAUCCAGCGGUGGACUAUCUCAGAGGAAUUACCAUACUAUUCGUUGUUACAUUCCACUUGAUCUGGGUACUCGCUGAUUUUGAGAUCAUUCCUGACUUCCCCGAUGUGGCUGGUUAUAAUCUACCGAUCACAAACUACUUGUAUUUCUUGGCCUUCUACAGCGUAUCAUUCUUCUGGGGGAAUCUCAGCCGCCUCAUCCAUCCGUGUAUCCAAUACUUACUGUAA